AUGGGGAACUGGCUGCAGGACCCCGCGGUGGUCAAUGGUGUGUCUGGGGCCAUUGCAGGCGCCCUGACAGCCACGUUUGUGUGCCCAUUGGACGUCCUGAAGACGCGGCUGCAGGUGCAGCGCAUCUCGUCCACCACGCGCGUGGGCAUCAUCGGCGGGCUCUCGGCCAUUGUCAAGGCGGAGGGCGCCAAGGGGCUGUACCGCGGCCUCACGCCGACGCUCAUGGCGCUGCUGCCCAACUGGGCGGUGUACUUUUCGGUCUACGGGCGCCUCAAAACGGUCCUCACCACGCGGCAGGGGCAGCAGGUGGCGGCGACGCCCGCAAUACACAUGGCGGCUGCCGCGGGCGCGGGCGUGGCCACGCUGCUGAUCACCAACCCCUUGUGGGUUAUCAAGACGCGGAUGCAGACGCAGCACAUGAACAUCAGCUAUGGCCGGGGGCGGCAGGUCCGGACGGAGUACAAGAGCACGUUUGACGCGCUGCGGCGCAUCACGCGCGAGGAGGGGAUGCGUGGGCUGUACAGCGGCCUGGCACCCAGCAUGGCGGGCAUAUGCCACGUCGCGAUACAGUUCCCGCUGUACGAGGCGGCAAAGGAGGGGCUGGGGGUCGUGUCGGCCGUUGAUGUAGGGGCGCGCUGA